AUGUCGUUUUGCGAUAAGGCAUUCUCGUGCGCGUGGCUCGCGGAUGAUCUGGCGUUGAUCGGGACGAAGGAUAAUCGGUUGUUUGAGUUGGAGAUCGAUCGACGAGGGCGUCGAGACGCGUGGCGCGAGAUCGAACUCGGAAGGGAGGACGCGUACACGAGGAACCGGGCGAUGGAGAUCGCCGCGCAAUGGGUGAGCCGACACACGCCGCAGGCGUUACGAGCGAUCAACGUUUCUCCGCCGUUCUUGGCCGGUCCCUAUGGGCACGGCGCGGUUCGCGCCGCCGCUUCGAGACGGGGCGGCGCCCACGCGUGUUCGGUGAGCUCGACUCGAGAGCACAUCGUGUGUAGCGGUGGUCCAUCACACAACAUCGUUGGGUUCCGUCGAGACGAGGAGACGGAAUGUCUCGUGCCUAGAAUGGCAUUUUCUGGGCACGACGACGUCGUGUUCGACGUUGGCUUCAUCGGACGAGACGCGAUGGCGUCGGCGUCGCGCGACUGCACGGUGAAAGUCUGGCAGCUUCCUAAGAGUCCUAGCUACGACGAGAUAAGAAUCACUCCAAGUGGUUCGGUGCACCCGAUCGGAGAGUGCACGCAGAACGAACGCGUGCGUGGCGUCAAGGUUGUUGAUCGAUGUCCCGCUCGUCAUCUUGCGACGUGCACGUCGAGCGGACACGUACUUCAGCUCGACGCAGAGACGCUUUCGCUCGUACACAGUGGAUAUCAGUGUCGAGGAUAUCUCGAAACUUGCUGCCUCGCCACCGAUGGCCAAAUCGUCGCCGUCGGUUCUCGCACGCACAUUGGUUUCGUGGACUUUCGAUCAAAAAACUUUUACGCCUCCGUAGCGCUACCAUACGGCGAUACCAACAGCACGCGCAGUCUUAGUUUCCAUGAGGGCGGCAAUCUACUCACAAUUGGCGGCGGUCGAGGAUUGAUUUCGUUUUACGACGUUCGCAUGCGAAAAUAUCUCGUCGAUAACGGUCGAGGUCGGGUGCGCCAGCUCUUCAACAACCAAUAUUGCGUCCCCUUUGCAGACAACGGGAUCUUCGAGGAUGAGCACGAUGACGACUUUUACGACAUUGAGAUUCGCGAUUACUGUUUGCCAGCAAUCUUUGCGCAUCAGUGGGACCCGAGUGGAACACGUUUGCUCUGCGCCGGUGGGCCGCUUCAGUCGAUGCUACACGGCUUCUUUGUGGGCGUGUGGAGUUAG